AAGGACAGAACGUUUAAGGCCCCAGAAAGCAAUGCAUUUGGCCAAUCCUUCAAGGAUUAUGAUAUUGAAAGUGAAAGACAAAAAAGUGUGGAAGAAUUCUAUAAAUUGCAACACAUUAAUCAGACAUACGAUUUCGUAAAGAAAAUGAGGGAGCAUUAUAAAAAAUUGGACAAAGCAGAAAUGAGUAUAUGGGAAUGUUGUGAGUUACUUAAUGAAGUAGUGGAUGAUAGUGAUCCUGAUUUGGAUGAACCUCAAAUUCAACAUUUGUUGCAAACUGCAGAAGCUAUUAGAAAAGAUUAUCCUAACGAAGAUUGGUUACAUUUGACUGCUCUCAUCCAUGAUCUUGGAAAGAUUCUUCACCUUCCUCAAUUCGGUGAGCUUCCUCAAUGGGCUGUUGUUGGGGAUACCUUUCCUGUUGGUUGUGCCUUUGAUGAAAAAAAUGUUCACCACAAGUAUUUCAAGAAAAACCCAGAUAGCAAAAAUCCUGCUUAUAACACUAAAGAAGGAGUCUAUAGUAAAGGGUGUGGAUUAGACAAUGUACUCAUGUCAUGGGGACAUGAUGACUAUAUGUAUAUGGUAGCAAAGGAAAAUGGAACCACUUUACCUUCACCUGGGUUAUUCAUUAUUAGAUAUCACUCAUUUUAUCGUAAGUAUCUUUAUUUACUAUGUAGUAAAUAUGAUCUCUAUAGCAAAAGCAAAGUUUUGGUGGACGUUGAAAAAGUGAAGCCAUACUAUCAAUCACUUAUUGACAAGUAUUUCCCAGCAAAGUUGAAGUGGUGA